CAGAAUAUGGGGACUUCCUGCUAGAUUAUCGUGGAAGGGAGCAGAGGAAAUAGACAUACAUCUGUUUGUAUACGGUUGCCUCCCAUUCUGAUUCUGGACACAGAACUGUGUGUUUAAACUGAUGUACCAAUGGGAUGGAAAUGAAUGAAAAUACCCAUUUUGCAUCUCCUGAGACUGGUGAAAGAGUAGAGAACAUCUUGCCUCAGAAAUCCAUCCAUUUUCAAGGCUUGUGAUGAACUGUGGGUGGACCGGUGCACAAAACCAGGUGUUUAAAGGAGGAUGGUUCCAGCUGUCACCAAUCAACAUUUAAAGGAAUUUUUCACACACAUUUCCGGAGGGCAUGUGACAAUGCAAAUAACUUGAAAUGUGCUCAGAUGACAGGGCAAUCAACAUUUGGGAGACAACAGCAUCAAACAGUUUUGUGCAAUGACCCAGAAAUGACCCUGGCACCUGUGAACUUCCCAGGGGAUUCCUUUAAACUCCGAAUAGAAAAGACAGCCAUUCGAAGAGUCCCUGGGGAGUCCUUCCAUGCACUCCGCAACCUGGAAUUCCUCUGGAUGCCCUACAACUCUUUGGCAAGUCUCAGCAUCACUAACUUUAGGGGCCUUCGCCGUUUGCAAGAGUUGAGGUUGGACGGAAAUGUUCUCACCUCCUUCCCCUGGGAUGCCUUGCUGAGCAUGCCCCAGCUACGGUUGCUGGACUUGCACAACAACGAACUGGCCUCUAUACCAGCAGAAGCAGCUCAGUACAUCCGGAACAUCACUUACCUCGAUCUCUCAAGCAAUAAAUUGGUGACACUUCCUCAAGAACUUAUUGCGGUCUGGUCGAACCUCCAGGCGGUUCCGUACUUCCCCAAUGACAAUUCAAAGAUCAUCUUGGGUUUACAGGACAAUCCCUGGGCAUGUGACUGCAGCCUCUAUGAAAUGGUUCACUUCCUCAAUUUCCAGUCCCCCAACAUUGCAUUCAUUGAACCAAGACUGAAAUGCUUCACGCCUCGGAGUCUGGCAGGAGUUUUCUUCAGCCAAGUUGAACUGAGGAAGUGUCAGAGCCCUGUUGUGCACACGUCAGUCGCCAAAGUUAAGACCAUCCUGGGAAGCACUGUGCUGCUGCGCUGUGGGACCACUGGGGUGCCAGUCCCUGAACUGAGCUGGAGGAGAGCUGAUGGAAAUCCCCUCAAUGGAACAGUACAUCAAGAAAUUUCCAGUGAUGGAAUGAGCUGGUCCAUUUUAGGCUUGCCUGUUGUCUCUUACCUUGAUUCUGGAGAAUAUAUAUGCAAAGCCAAAAACUUCCUCGGAGCAACAGAAGCUUUCAUUUCCCUUAUCAUCACAGACUCCGAAAGCACAGAUGACCCCACAUCAAAUUCGAAAGGCACGUGGAAUGGAAAAGUAAGUGGCAUGGAAGCAGCAGCUUACAAUGAUAAUUUAGUGGCCAGAUAUGUUAUCACAACAUCCACAUCCCCCACCUUGGGUGCCAGAUCCAUUCGUGCCAACACGGAAAAAAAUCUGGAACUUCAAGAUGAGGCUGCAAAUAUGGUCAACAAUCCAAAAAAUCUCCUAGCAAGCCCUCCUCCUGCUCAACAGGAGCCGGAACGUAUUGUAAGGUCGGUGAGAGUAAUAGGAGACACAGAUAGUAGUGUGACAUUAGCAUGGAAGGCUCCCCAAGUGAAGAAUACAACAGUCUUCAGUGUCCUCUAUGCGAUCUUUGGAGAAAGGGAGAUGCGUCGAAUUAACGUAGAGCCUGGUAAGACCAAGAUCACCAUCAAUGAUCUGCUGCCCAAGACCAAAUAUAUCGUUUGUGUCUGUGUCAAAGGACUGAUUCCCCGGAAGGAACAGUGCAUCAUUUUUUCCACUGAUGAAGUUGCUAGUGCUGGUGGCACCCAGAAGCUUAUCAACGUAGUAGUCAUUAGCGUAGCUUGUGUCAUUGCCGUCCCUCUGACGUUAGUGGUCUGUUGUGGGGCCUUGAAAAGACGUUGCAAAAAGUGUUUCACCCGGAAACCCAAGGAAAUUCAGGACUCGUAUGUCACCUUUGAAAGCCUCUCUCCGGGGGCCAAAAUAAAAGGAACAGAAGGGGAAUACUUGACAAGACAUACACCAGAUGAAUCUAACCGGUUGCUCUCAGCAAGGUCUAGUGUGGACUCAGAAGCAAUACCCAAGGCAGAAGGACAGCCAAAUGAGUACUUUUGCUGAUCUUAAUCUCCUAACCUAAGAUGCCCAACUAAUGAUUUAUGCUACUCUAUCUGGCAUAAGCAUGAACUCAUACAUUGCAUGGUAUUGAAGACUCUUUUGUUACAAAUAUUCACUUUCCCGUAUUUGGCAAAAGAACUCCCCACUUCUCCAGUUCAUAAUUCAUUGAUGACAGACUAUGUGCAGUUUUGCUGGGAUUUUUUUAAAUCAGUGCUUUAUACUAAUCUGUAAUGGGAAUGUUUUAAUUUUUUGGAAGAGCAAGGGAAUGU